CAGUGCUGACACUGAGUCGAAACGCUCGCUCCAGCUUCUCAUCAAGCGUCUUUGGGGUUCAUUUGUCGUCUUCCAAAUGGCUUUGCAAAUUGGGGACACUCGUCUAAUUUGUUCUAGUGCGGCCUCCGUAGUUGAGGAUGGUUGGCAGUCGUUGCUAGGCGACCACGAAAAGUUGUUGUAAACGCGCCUGAUGGUUCGGCUCCACGGUAAACCGUUAAACAAAUGAUGCCACCGUAGAUCACAUUUUUUCAUAUUUAGAAGAAAAAAAAUUGCUAACGUUUUUCGUUGAUCUAAUCGCUUUGUACUAUUUGUCGGUAAACAAACGUCUUUGUACACAAUUUAGCCGCACGAAAUGUACGGAAAUCUCACACCAAAGUAGACUUAGACUACUGAACCGUUUUGGGGGGCUUUUACGGUCACGGGCAGGAAUUUUGAAGACCACCAGAGAUGCCUGCUACUGACCUUUUGGCCAAGGAGGAGAAGUACAAGCUGCUAAAUGCAAAGCUCGAGGCCAAAGCAGCCAAUCUGGCGAUGCAAGCGGAUCAACUCAAGAAAGAACGAGAUGAUUUUCUGUCAAAGCCUUUGACUACGCUCCCGCUGGGGGAUUUUGACAAUGAAAAAGUGGCAAGUAACAUCAAGGAUCGGGAAACGCCUGUGCCGAAGCCUCGCAAGGUGGAACCCAAAAGGUCACAAGCGUCAGAAGCACAAGAGUCCAAUUCCAAGCCAGCAAUUUGCGGAGAUGCUUUAGGAGCGGCGGGAGACUCCGCCGAAUCCUUCGUGGCGAGGACGAUAAAAAACAUCGAGGGCAGGAUGAACCAUUUGGUCCCUUACGACGUCGUCUCCAGCGACGGCGACAACGAAGGGACGGCGGGCGUUUCAUGCGCACAAAUCCAUGCCCUGAUGGCCAACAUCAAGAUGAUGCAAGAGGAAAUGGAUCAGCUUCUCAGUGAAAGAAGAAGGAAGGAUGACGAAAACAUCAGGCUGAACGCCAAAGUCAAGCAGCUGGAGGAGGAUCGGAUCAAGCUCCAGCGGACCGUCAACAUCCAGCAGACCAAGAUGGACAAGCUCAAAGCGUCGGAAAACGAGGCCGCCGUCAAGUGCGACAGCCUUCAGCUGCAAGUGUCCGCUUUGCAAAAGGAACUGGAGAAGCUGAAUAAAUCCAGCAAGCAAGGAGCAGCCGCACACAACACUGCGGAGCUUCGUCUCUCCAGAGCUCUGGACGAGGUGGAACGCUUGAAGUCGGAAAUCAACAAAACCAAGCAGAUGAACAGGGACAAGACCAACGAGGAACAGCAGACGCGGGAAAACCUCCUGGCAGAAAAUAAACUGCUGAAAAAGCAGAAAGGGGAACUCGUGGUGGGCUUGAAGAAGCAGCUCAAGCUGAUCGACGUUCUCAAAAGACAAAAGAUGCAUCUUGAAGCUGCCAAACUGCUAUCUUUCGCAGAGGAAGAGUUCGUCAAGGCCCUCGACUGGGGCAAACCGUAAAGACGGAAGACUUAAUAAAGUCGUAGGACAUUGAAAAUGUAUAUACUGAAACCUUGAUCAAGACUGAAGGUGGAAAAACAGCUUCAAACCAUUGAAAGUUAUGUUUUACUUGACUUUGAGGUGAAAAAUUCACCGAUUACCUUGUCUCAUUUCAUCCACUGGUGUCAAUAAAUGGCCGGCUAAUCUUCAAAAGUGAAAAGUAUGAAAUAAAAUCGAAGAAGGCAUGCAGUAAGGACGCCGUACGACUGUGCCUGUGCGGUUAGAAGACCAGACUGCCUAGUUAUGGGCGAGAGGACUCUUGUUUUGUAUCGGCGCCUGGUAUUGUUUGCCGGUAUCAUCCCAAAACAGAUACCAGGCAUCGGUUCUCGCUUAUCCCUAGUUUUAACCUCGAGAAACUGCUGUGAGACGGACGACAUCUCGGGUUGGGUGGUCGGCGGCGCUCUCAGCGGGUCACUCGUGUAUCCCUGACGAGGCCCGAGACAACCGC